UAGAGAAUUUAUAUAUAUUUCUCUUUGGUAGGAGUAACAACUUUUUCUAAGUAAUUGACUGACAGUGAUAACGACGACACGACAUAAUACCAAAAAAUAUAUAAUUCAUCCUCCUUUACUGGGAUAAGAACCAAAAAAUAUAUCAAAUCUUUGAUGAUGUUAGUAUAAGAACCAAAUUAACAUAUCCUAAAAACACAAACACUACCAUUCAGAUUCACCAGCUUUUCACUACUCACCACUCACUCUUCUCUUUGUCUUUAUUUGAUCUCUCAAUCUCAACAACUAUGAGCUGGUGGUGGUCCGGAGCUAUUGGCGCUGCCAAGAAGAAAUUGGAAGAAGAUGAAGCACCUCGAACUUUCCAGAACGUAGCGUUAGUUGUAGGCGUAACCGGCAUCGUCGGAAACAGUCUCGCCGAAAUUCUACCUUUAGCCGACACACCAGGCGGUAGAUGGAAAGUCUACGGCGUCGCACGGCGGCCACGACCAGCCUGGAACGCAGAUCACCCAGUCGAAUACAUCCAGUGCGACAUCACCGAUCCAACUGACUCCGUCACCAAACUCUCCGUUCUCACCGACGUCACACACAUCUUCUACGUCUGUUGGACAAGCCGUCCAACCGAAACAGAAAACUGCCAAAUCAACGGCGCUAUGUUAAGAAACGUCCUCACCUCCGUCAUCCCAAACGCUCCCAAUCUCCGCCACGUGUCAAUUCAAACCGGCGGUAAACACUACGUCGGUCCGUUUGAAUCCUUCGGGAAAAUCAAGUACCAUGAACCACCAUACUCAGAGGAUAUGCCUCGUUUGGAUUAUCCAAAUUUCUAUUAUACUCUUGAAGAUGUUUUGUUUGAAGAAACUGGUAAAAAAGAAGGUGUGAGUUGGUCUGUUCAUAGACCACUUCUCAUCUUUGGUUUUUCACCUUACAGUAUGAUGAAUGUGAUUGGCACACUUUGCGUUUACGCUGCAAUUUGUAAACAUGAAGGCGUUCCUUUGAGAUUUCCUGGUACAAAGUUAGCUUGGGAGAAUUAUUACAUGGCUUCUGAUGCUGAUUUGAUUGCAGAGCAACAUAUUUGGGCUGCGGUGGAUCCUUAUGCGAAGAACGAAGCGUUUAAUUGUAGUAAUGGUGAUGUUUUUAGGUGGAAGCAGUUAUGGAAGGUUUUGGCGGAACAGUUUGGGAUUGAAGAGUAUGGAUUUGUUGAGGAAGGUCCUCGUUUGAAGUUAGCUGAGUUGAUGAAGGAUAAGGGUCCUGUUUGGGAUGAGAUUGUGAAGAAGAAUGAGCUUCAACCUACUAAGCUUGAAGAAGUUGCUGAAUGGUGGUUUGCUGAUCUUAGUUUGGGGGGAAGUGGGUUUACAGAUAGCAUGAACAAGUCGAAAGAGCAUGGGUUUUUAGGAUUCAGGAACACUAAGAAUUCUCUUAUAUAUUGGAUUGAUAAGACCAGAUCUUACAAAAUUGUGCCAUGAGUGUGUGAAUGUUGGAUUAGAAUGAGUAAAAUUUAAGCGAGAUAGAGUGAUUUAUUUUCUGUCCUGUGUUUUUUUUGUUGUAAUAAUUAAUGAUGCUGUGUUUGGGAGAUAAAUUUGUGUUUUAUGAAUUUUUUCGCAGCACAAUCCAGCUCCAAUGCAGUAUAAGUUCUUUCCA